AGACAAACAGCACAGAUACUCACCACCGGUGCAAUGGAAUAUCUCUCUAGAUAUUUGAGCACCAACAAGGCAACAUCUCUGAUAUGUUGUGUGUUCUGGAUUUUCUCACCGGCAGAAGGGGACAUCAUCUCAGAGGUGGCUGGCAGCAGUGUGAGCAUGCACUGUAACAACAAUUCAAUCAACACACUCCAACAGCUGACAUGGAGACUAAAUGGAGUUACUCUGAUCAGCUUUAAACCACCAACUGAAACAUACGUCAAUGAAAAAGCUAACAGCCUUAACAUAAACAUGUCUAAGUCAGAGAGCCAACUGUACGCACUGAUCAUAGAGAGUCUCCAGGAGUCUCAUAUAGGAAACUACACCUGCGACACAGCUACGGAAACUGGAACAUGGAAACAGACCUGGGAGCUGAUUGUAAUUACAGAAACAGCAGUCAGGCUCCCACUGCAGAAAUGGAGGAAACAGAGGAUAUUUAUGAGAAUUGCCUGGAAACUAAUCGUAGUCGACAGCACAGACAUUGUCAGCCUCAUCACUACAAGCCCAGAGCUUUUUGAUAUUACGUGCAAUCCAGAAAUCCAGAAAGGGAAGGAGACUGCAAAAAGGACGGGGGGGGCUGGAGGUACAUGGCAAAUGAGCACUGCAACUACAACCAAAGAAAACCUUACUUAUAUUAUGAAAACUUUUAAUCUCUGCUUUCUUAAGACAUAUACUAUAUGUAAUGAAGAGCAUAAUCAUUGCUUAAAAGCUGCAUCACCUAAUAAAGUUGUUAUGGUAAAUGUGUUAGCAGUGUCCUAUUCAAACAUUUUUUACUGAGCUGAGAUGACCUGUAGAAUCAGGUGAUAGUUCCCUGUGGAUUUUUUUAAAUAAAACUCUUUGGAAUGUGGAAUGUGUUGACACAGAACAGUUUUGUAACAGAAGAGUUACAGAGGGAAAACCAAACAGUGGAAGCAGCUUUUUCCAUUUUUCAUUCUACUGGCAUAAGCUUUUAUAUGGAAGCUGCAAGGGUUGAUGGAAAACAGAGCACCUGUAUCAGUUGUUAGGUGAAGGUAACCAUAAACCACUCAGGAAAACCACAGUAUUUGGCAUUUCAUGGGUCUCAUCUGAAUAAACUGCAGCAAUGCAGGUGGCUGUGAUGUUAGUAGCAACUGAACUUAUCUGACAUGUUAUUUUUUACUUGAGGUUACUGCAGGCGAAUGUAAAAUGUCAUUUCUUUGUUAUUUCUUAUAAGUAAGUAUAAUUUGAAUGAAAUUCAGUUAUAAAAUAUCAAACAGUAGAGAGUAUCCUGUUGCUGUAAGUAACCAUAGUGAAUACAAAACACAGAAAACUGUUUUUAAAAAAUGAAUGGUAAGGACGCUUCAAAGAAAAGAGAUAAGUGAGGACUGGCUGAGGUUCAGUAUAUUCAGUUGAGCUCAGAUUCUUAAUGAAUUAAUAAAUAAUAGCAAUGGUGGUUAAAUUUCAUGGGGUAUUUAGUAAUUUAGUAUUACACAGACGACACAAUUAUUUAUUUUUUUUUAAUUAAAAAAAC